GAUGUAUAUAAGAAGGUGCUCAUAUUCCUAUUGUUAUUAUUCAUUCAUCAUUCAAGUCAUUCAUACAUACCAUCAAGCCUUCCUUACAAAUAUUACAACAGCCCAAGCCCGCCUAUCACCAAUAAACCACCACCAUGAAGUUUAUUCUUGCAACUACACUUUUCUUGGCUUCGGUCAUGGCCUUGCCAAGUCAACUUGCAGCCGCCCCUCAUGACGGGGGCAAGAGGGACCUCGUGAAAGAGAGUAGAGAGGCGGCGAAUGAAUUCUGUUCAGGAUUCUUGGGAUAUUGCUCCGAUACCAUCAAGUGCUGCGAUAACCGCAUCUGCACACGAUGCCCAGGGGAUACUGCCCCCAUAAACGUUUGCCAUGACACUCAGUGCGCCGCUUAAGGCAAAAUCGGUACAUUAGAGCUAUAACAAUUGCUUGGAAAUCUUAUCUAGGUGUUGGGAGUCAUAUCUGUUGGUGGAAGAUGUUUCAUUUGCAUGUGCUCAGUAUACAAGGCGGCAGGCGGCGGUGAGGGAAACAAGACUGCACUUUCACAAUUGUAAUCUUCUGUAAUCUAAGGGACUUGAAUUGUGGAAUUCUAUUAAUUAUGUACUUUAUCA